ACAUGGCGGCUCCCAGGGUGUUCGCUCGAGGCCUGGGUUCGCACUGGCGGGCGCUGCGCCGAGGGUCGCAUCCGUCGCUCCUGCGGACGGAGAGCAGCAGCGCCGCCCCGGCCGGCGCAAGAAGCCGCUUGUACGAGCACGUGCGGGUCGGGUGGACGGCGCGGCCGCAGCUAGACGUGGCGGCGCUGAAGGCGCAGCUGGGCGAGGCGGAGCGGGAGCUGGAGACGCGCAAAGGGCUGCUCGGGCCGCGGGACUUGCGCGAGAUUGUGGCUAUUUGGCAACAACUGGUUGCGGUGCAAGAAGAGAUUGCAAAAGCUGAUACUGAGAGAAGGAAAAUCGCUGAAGAAGUGCGGAAUCUUCUGAAAAUCCAAGACAGCAGUACUUUAAAUUCACACCCUGUUUACAAUGCUUUGCGGAACCAGGGGAGAGAGCUCCGCCUUCAUCUUAACACAUUGCGCCACAAGGAGACAGAAUUGGAUGAAAAAUACUACUUGCUUGCCCUCAAGCUGCCCAACAGGACUCAUCCAGAAGUGCCUGUCGGGGAUGAGAGCCAAGCACGGGUGAUGGAGACAGUUGGAGAAAAACCAGCCUUUGACUUCAAUGUGAGAGAACACCUGGAAAUUGGAGAAGAGCUGGAUAUCAUAAGGCAAAGGCGUCUGUCGCACAUCUCAGGCUACCGGUCCUACUACCUCCGUGGGGCGGGGGCCAUGCUGCAGCAGGCCCUGGUGCAGUUCGCCCUCAACAAGCUGAUAAAAAAGGGCUUCAUUCCAAUGGUUGUUCCAGACUUGCUGAAAGGAGCUGUGUUCGAGGGCUGUGGCAUGCUUCCCGAUUCCAGCUCCACCAUGUUGUACACCAUAGACCCCUCCCGCUUUGAAGACCUGAGUCUGGCUGGCACAUCUGAGGUCGGAAUUGCAGGGUACUUCAUGGAUCAUGCCGUGGACCUGAAAGACACGCCAAUCAGGACGGUGUGUUGCAGCACGUGCUACAGGGCUGAAACGGAUACUGGCAAGGAGCCCUGGGGGCUGUACCGAGUGCACCAGUUCACCAAGGUGGAAAUGUUUGGGGUCACUGCGAACGAGACUGGGCUGGAGAGCACCGCCUUGCUGGAGGAGUUUCUGGCUGUGCAGAAGGAGAUCUUCUCUGAGCUGGGCCUGCACUACAAGGUUCUGGAUAUGCCCACGCAGGAACUCGGCCUCCCUGCCUACCGGAAAUUUGACAUUGAGGCCUGGAUGCCGGGCCGGGGCAAGUACGGAGAGAUUUCCAGCACCUCCAACUGCACAGACUACCAGAGCCGGCGGCUGAAUAUCAUGUACUACGACCAGCAAGGGAGUCUGUCUUAUGCACAUACGGUCAACGGCACUGCCUGCGCCAUCCCCCGGAUGCUCAUCGCCAUCCUAGAAUCCAACCAGUGCCAGGACGGCAGCGUUCGAGUGCCGGAAGUCCUCCAGCCGCUGAUGGGCACGGAGAUCAUUCGCAAGCCCAGCUACACCCCGUUGAAAUACAUUGGCCCAAAUCAGCCCAAAAAGCAGUGAGGGGGCAGAUGCAGGGGUGCCCUGGAGCGUCCACAACAACGGAGCACUCGCGAGACCCCCAGGAGAGGAGGACAAGCCCGUGGCUGCAGGAAUGUGGAGCUUUUGCUGGCCUUGGGAGCCAGGCAUGAGCGCCGGAGGGAGGCGACCGUCCCCCGUGCGGCCUGCCUCCCCGACCUGGCCUUUCUGGGAGGGCUGUGUCUGGAUCUUGGGUGGCUCUCCUGGUCCACAACAGUGUGAUGGGGGGUGGGGAGAGCGGCGGCGUCCUCCACCGGGCCCCGAGAUCCUGCGGCUCCAAAUAGUCGCAGCCUGUGCUCUCCCCUUCGACACCCUCUGUCUUAACUGCCCGCUGCUUUGUGGCUUCCUGUCCUCGGGGGGGUGGUACCACCUUCCCGGGCAGAACUGUUGAGGAAAGCGUGGGCCCCCAGUGCAUUCAAUAAAGGUCACUGGUGCAAAACCA